AUGAAGGAAUCGUCACAACAUCCAUUUUAUGAGGCCGAGCCAACGGUGCGAGAAGCACUUGGCGAGUGUAUCCCAACAGCAGAUGGCACCAUUCGAUUCAUCAAAUCUCUGUUUCCUUGUCUCAAUUGGCUGCCACGAUACAACUGGCGAUGGCUCGUUGGUGAUAGUAUCGCUGGCUUUACUGUUGGACUAGUUGUUAUUCCGCAAGCAAUGGCCUAUGCACUAUUAGCGACACUGCCGCCUGACUUUGGACUAUACACGUCUUUCGCUGGAGCAGCGACAUAUUGGCUAUUUGGAACGUCAAAAGAUAUUGUUAUUGGUACUACCGCGGUCGGAUCUCUCCUUGUUGGUGAAGUCAUCUCCCACGUCCACGAAGCACACCCGAACACAUACUCAAGUGUCGAAAUCGCCAAAACACUAUCCUUCAUCACGGGGUUGAUACUAUUUGCAAUCGGUCUACUUCGACUAGGAUGGAUCGUGGAGGUUAUCCCCUACAUCCCCGUCUCAGCCUUCAUCACAGCCGCAAGCAUCAUCAUCAUGUGCACCCAACUACCCGUAUUACUAGGAAUUCCAGGUGUCAACACACGAGAUGAGCCUUACAGGGUGUUAAUAUCCACAUUCCGCAAGCUUGGCGAUACAAAACUUGAUGCUGCCAUCGGCAUCACCUGCUUAGUCCUACUGGAGUUGGCCAAGUUUGUGUUUGCCAAACUGGAGGCUCGUCAGCCUGCAAAGAAGCGUCUGUGGUCGAUCAUGUCAUCCCUACGAUUGACAUUUGCCAUGCUACUUUAUACACUGGUGAGCUUCUUAGUCAACCGCAAUCUACCUGCGGACGAAAGCAAGUUCAGAAUCGUGGGUCACAUAGAACAAGGAUUUGUUCACGUUGGCCCCCCGUCUUUUAACGGCAGCCUUAUCGGAGCCAUUCUGCCUCAGAGCCCCAUCAUCCUCAUCAUUCUUAUUGUCGAGCAUAUUGCCAUUGCCAAGAGCUUUGGCAAGAAGGUGGGAUACGAGGUAGCCCCGUCACAAGAGAUUAUGGCUCAAGGCACAGCAAACAUUUUGGGACCCUUCCUUGGUGGCUACUCUUGUACUGGAUCGUUCGGCGCAUCAGCCGUGCUAUCGAAAGCGGGUGUCAGAACACCGUUGGCUGGUCUCUUCAGCGCGUUCAUGUUGCUUCUGGCACUCUAUGCUCUAACAGGAGUGUUCUACUUCAUCCCCAGGGCAGCACUAGCAGGAUUGAUUAUUCAUGCCGUGUUUGGUCUCAUUGCACCACCUUCUACAGUCCUCAAAUAUUGGCGUCUAUCACCAUUCGAAUGCAUGAUAUGGCUGGCUGGUGUCGUGAUAGCUAUCUUUACAGGACUUGAGACGGCGAUAUACGUUACUACUGGACUCUCUUUCUUACUCUUACUCGUUCGCAUUGCGCGAACCAAGGGUCAAUUUCUGGGCAAAGUGGCUGUUCAAGAAAUGGAUCCGGGUCAGAAUCAUGAAUGUUCUGCACAACCUAAAGGCCAAGCAGCCGUGCGCGAGCUUUAUUUGGACCUGGCCAGGAACAAUGCUUCCAACAGGGACAUUGUACUGGAGACUCCUCAUGGCGGUGUUCUGAUAUACCAUUUCCCAGAGGGUCUCAACUAUCUCAACCAGGCACAGCAUCUCAAAACGUUGACGGAUUAUGUCUACACUCACACCAAACGCCCAGCAGAAGAGUCAUCCGCGGACAGAUCAGAAACACUCUGGUGCGACAAACCGACUGUGUACAAGCAGGACGACGAAGUGCCCUUGUUAAGAGCAAUUGUCAUCGAUUGCUCGACAAUCCAUAAUAUCGACAUCACCAGUGUUCAAGGCUUGGUCGAUGUCAGAAAUGCCUUGGACAGAUGGGCAAGUCCGUCUACUAUCGAAUGGCACUUCGGCGGAUUACACAAUAGAUGGGCUCGAAGAGCUCUAGCAGCUGCAGGCUUUGGUCGCAGUGCGGCAGAAGACUACCAUACGAUUGGAAGCUGGGCGCCAGUCCUUCCUUUGGCAAGCGAAGAAGCAAACGAUGGAAGCAGGAAACAGAAGACCUUUGCAGAUGACGAGUGUUCGAUCGGCGCGCAAAAUGGUGAUGUCAGAAGGUCAGGGCCAGGGGAGACCCCGAAGACAGGCGAUAAGGUUGCACACCGGGAAUCGGGCGCUGGAAAGCAAACACAUCAGCCAGUUUUUGCGAUAGACAGGCCCUUCUUCCACGCCGACCUUGGUGAGGCGGUGAGCGCGGCUUUGGCUCACGCGAGUAGAAGCGACUGCCGUCUACACACUGACACCGAGACCGAAACUGACUGA